CCUCCCCAUCGUGGUCCAUUUCUUCCUCUCCCUCCUCUCUGUGCUCCAUUUUUCUCUCGUGAAGGUGGAGAGAGAGAGAGAGAGAGAGAGAGAGAGAGAGAGAGAGGAGACGAAGCGAGGGAGGAGAUAAAGAGCGGCGUGAGCGUAGAGCGAGAUCUAAGGUUAGGGUUAAGGGAUCGAAAUGAGGGAGAUCAUAAGCAUCCACAUCGGCCAAGCGGGGAUACAGGUGGGAAAUGCGUGUUGGGAGCUCUAUUGCCUCGAACAUGGGAUCCAGCCCGAUGGGAUGAUGCCAAGCGACACGACUGUCGGGGUGGCGCAUGAUGCGUUCAACACUUUCUUCAGCGAGACGGGCGCGGGGAAGCACGUGCCAAGGGCAAUCUUCGUCGACCUCGAGCCCACCGUCAUCGAUGAGGUGAGGACCGGUGCAUAUCGCCAGCUGUUCCACCCGGAGCAGCUCAUCUCCGGCAAGGAGGACGCCGCCAACAACUUCGCACGAGGACACUAUACGGUGGGGAAGGAGAUCGUUGAUUUGUGCCUUGAUCGUGUGCGGAAGUUGGCCGACAAUUGCACUGGCCUGCAAGGCUUUCUGGUGUUCAAUGCCGUGGGUGGCGGCACUGGGUCGGGAUUGGGUUCUUUGCUAUUGGAACGUUUGUCUGUUGAUUAUGGGAAGAAAUCAAAGCUUGGGUUCACAAUUUUUCCUUCCCCACAGGUCUCUACUGCAGUUGUGGAGCCAUACAAUAGCGUCCUAUCCACCCACUCAUUGCUCGAGCACACAGAUGUUGCCGUCCUAUUGGAUAACGAGGCUAUCUAUGAUAUCUGCCGCAGAUCCCUUGAUAUUGAGAGGCCCACCUACACCAACCUAAACCGCUUGAUCUCUCAGAUCAUAUCCUCAUUGACCACCUCUCUGAGGUUCGAUGGAGCCAUCAACGUUGACGUCACGGAGUUCCAGACGAAUCUUGUACCCUAUCCCCGCAUUCAUUUCAUGCUCUCCUCAUAUGCCCCUGUUAUCUCCGCCGAGAAAGCUUACCAUGAGCAGCUGUCAGUACCUGAGAUAACUAAUGCUGUUUUUGAACCGUCAAGUAUGAUGGCGAAGUGUGACCCAAGGCAUGGAAAGUACAUGGCAUGUUGUUUGAUGUACCGUGGAGAUGUUGUGCCCAAGGAUGUUAAUGCAGCUGUUGCCACCAUUAAAACCAAGAGGACUGUUCAGUUUGUUGACUGGUGUCCCACCGGUUUCAAGUGCGGGAUCAACUACCAGCCACCGACUGUCGUCCCGGGGGGCGACCUGGCCAAGGUGCAGCGCGCCGUGUGCAUGAUCAGCAACAACACUGCAGUCGCUGAGGUUUUCUCGCGUAUCGACCACAAGUUCGACCUCAUGUAUUCCAAGCGGGCGUUCGUGCACUGGUAUGUCGGCGAAGGCAUGGAGGAGGGUGAAUUUUCGGAGGCGCGCGAGGACUUGGCUGCCCUCGAGAAGGACUAUGAAGAAGUUGGUGCAGAGGGCGUGGACGACGACGCAGAGGAAGGAGACGAUUAUUAAACUGCAUGUUGGUAUUUUAUGGUAGUCAUCAACAGUGAUUGUCUAUCUAUGGUAUAUGCUUUCUUCAAUUGCUUUCUGUGCUUUUAUCGUAGCUGCUGGUAUGCUUUCGCACUUUUGUAUUGCUCAAGCUUGUAUCCUUAAGAAUCUUUCAUGAUGUUACAGUUGCUUUUGGUAUGAUGGAGUUUCCUCGCUCUUGUUAUGAGCACUUUUCUCA